UCCACAGCUUCGCUACAUCUUCAGGCGUCACUUUGACUUUGUGUGCUCGACUUGUUCUUUGUUGCUUCGAGUCCAGUCCUUCUUUCUUUCUUGGAAUAUCUUUUGACAUUCCCAAGCUUCAACUUCAGCUCUUAUCUACCUGCUUAAUUUAACAAGUGUCGCCGAUUUAUUCAAGAUGGCCGCCGCUCCUCCCAACACCAUUUACCCCGAGAGCCAUGUCGGUUUCGACAGCAUCACUUCUCAGAUUGAGAAGAAGCUCUUGAAGCGUGGUUUCCAGUUCAACGUCAUCUGCGUUGGUCAGACCGGUAUGGGCAAGUCAACGCUCAUCAACACUAUCUUCGCUUCUCACCUGAUCGACUCCAAGGGUCGCUUCCAACCCGACGAGCCCAUCCGCCAGACCACCGAGAUCCAGGCCGUUUCUCACAACAUUGAGGAGAACGGUGUCCGACUUCGACUCAACAUUGUCGAUACCCCCGGCUACGGUGAUCUUGUCAACAACGACCGCUGUUGGGACCCCAUCGUCAAGUACAUCAAGGAUCAGCACUCCGCGUACUUGCGCAAGGAGCUCACUGCACAGCGAGAGCGCUACAUCCAGGAUACCCGUAUCCACUGCUGUCUCUUCUUCAUUCAGCCAUCAGGCCACUCUCUCAAGCCCAUCGAUAUUGUCGUCCUGAAGAAGCUUUCCGACGUUGUCAACGUGGUGCCUGUCAUCGCCAAGGCCGACACCCUGACUGUUGAGGAGCGUCAGGAGUUCAAGGAGCGCAUCAAGGAGGAGUUUGCCUUCCACAAUCUCAAAAUGUAUCCCUACGACAACGAUGAGUUUGAUGACGAGGAGCGUGCUUUGAACGGCCAGAUCAAGAACCUCGUCCCCUUCGCUGUUGUCGGAUCCGAGAAGUCGAUCAUCGUCAACGGUAAGCAGGUUCGCGGCCGCCAGAACCGAUGGGGUGUCAUCAACGUCGAGGACGAGACUCACUGUGAAUUCGUCUACCUACGAGACUUCCUCCUCCGAACCCACCUCCAGGACCUCAUCGAGACCACCUCUCAGAUCCACUACGAGACCUUCCGUGCCAAGCAACUGCUUGCUCUCAAGGAAAGCAGUGCUCACGGUGGUGCUAGCAGCCGACCCAUCAGCCCUGCCGCCGACCGCGAGCUCAGCCGAAACUCGCAACGAAUGACGAUGAACGGCUACUAAGCUGAAUUUGUGUUUGAAGUUGUGCUGGCAAUGGAGCGACGGCGUCUCGGGGCAGCUCGAUAGCCCGCAUUUGUUACGACAAUCCACAUAUUUCACGGCCUGAUGUAGAGCAACCCAAAAGUAAUUGCUUUUUCGGAGGUUCCUUGGUAGGCUUGACCACAGCGAACCCCCGAAGGCCUUACAUCGUUUCGAUGACAUCGGCAUGCGAGCAAGGACGAGAGCAACAUUCCUGGGGUGUAGGCCAGACGAGACGCGGGAACUGGUCCAUUGAGGUCCAGAUACCCGGUUUCCUGGUUACGUGCCUCGGGAACUGCCUGCUAGUCAGUCCGUAUCGAAGCUGUACACGACUUUCUUCUUUUUCUUUCAGUGUUACCCUGGAGAACUAUUUGGCCUUUCUUUAUGCUUUAAUAAGACCGAUUACCCCAUACUCUAAUCUGGAGUUAGUUUCGUUGCCUACAUAGUGUAUCAAUUUGAUUGGAGUUUCUGACGU